AAAUGCAGAGCAACCACAACAUAAGUCUUCAUACCUUCGGAUUUCUCAAUCUCCUCUUCACAUCAUGAACGGUGUAGUCCCCUCCAGCAGCUCCUGGUCGGUGAGCGAGGAGUCGCUAAGAAGGUACGUGAGGUUUGCGAGUGAGAGCUGCAUUCAAGAGCUCUUAUCUUCCUCUGAGGCCGGACGCUUUGGGAACGCGUCCAAUGGGUGGAAGAUGGUGAGGCAUGACUCAAACGGUGUCGAGAUUUCAAAACGUGACUCGGGAUCGCUGCACGCGUUUCGAAGCCGUAGGAUCCUCACAUCAGUCUCUCCAGAGCAGUUCAUCACAGUCGCAAAUGCUAUAGACGCGGCCAAGCAAUGGGAAGGCGACCUGGUAGAGGCAACACACAUUAGAGAAAUAGAUGAGAAUCUGAGCGUAAUCCGUUUAAGGUUUGGCGAAAACUCGAAACCGCUCUUCAGAAACAGAGAGUUUAUUGUCUACGAAAGACGUGAGACCAUGCAAGACGGCACUCUCGUGGUGGCGGUUGCGUCGCUACCAAAGGAGAUGGCAGAAGGAUUGGAGCCAACAAAGAAAAAGAAAAACAAUUCCAUUAUUAGAGGAUUUUUGGUUGAGUCAGGUUGGGUUUUGGAGAAGCUUGAAGAUACCUCUUGCAUGAUUACUUAUGUUGUUCAGUUGGAUCCCGCAGGAUGGUUACCAAAGUGUUUUGUGAACAGACUAAACACAAAGCUAGUAAUGAUAAUUGAUAACCUUAGAAAACUUGUUCAAGCUUCUCUACCCUCUCUUCCUCCUCCUUAGCUCUCGUUUACUCUCCUUUUUGUUUCCUUGUUUUUGUUGUAAACAUAUUUUUACAAAAAGAGUUAAAUGAUAGUAAUUAAGAGGCCAACUACUCCUCCCUCUUUAGUCUUUUCUACUCUUUAGUCUAAAUAAACCUUAAUUAGAAUG